AUGAAUAAACUGAAAUUUCUUUCUAACAGUGACGUGUACGGAGAAGACGGAAAAACGAUCUCAGCGAGGCGGGGACAUGAAAUAUGUGGACUUUGUAACGAUGCUCAACCACCAAGUAGGUACUGCAAGGAGUGUGGCAUGUUAAUAUGUAAGAAGUGCGUCAAACGUCAUAAAUCGCACAGUGUUAUGAGCACUCAUAUGUUGAUCACCGUGAAAGAUUACAAGAAAAAUCAGUCUCGAUUAGAAACGUACAAUAAACCAGUCAUUUGCACCUUACACAGUGGUAGCCCCCUCACAUUCUAUUGCAACACGUGUAAAAUACCAAUCUGCAUGUUGUGUGCUGAGUACGUUCAUCGGAAACCACAACACUCUCACGUGACAAUCAUCAAAGGCGUGGAGUACAAGAAGCAAGAGCUCCGGAAACAAGUGGAGAGAACAAAGCGGAAGCGAAAGUUUCUACAAGACGCCACCUUGUGUCCCGAUGACGUCAGAACCAAUGGCGAAAGACAUGUUCGAAUGACAACAGCAGAGAUUCAGGACCAUACGCAGCAGUUAGUAGCUCGCCUAGAACGAAUAAAAGAGCAACUAAACGUCCACGCGGACUCGUUAGUGAUGGAUCUUCAACGGAAACAAGAAGACAGUGUUAUGGAUGUGGAAGACUGGAAUGAGGAAGUGCGAGUAAAUUUGAUCAAGCUCGAGCGAGAAACUAAGAAGGCAUCAGUGUUUGUGGAACAGAGUAAUGACAUCGCCUUUCUAUUUGCAGUUAACGAAACAAUAGCUGCCCUAGAAGAGGUCGAAAACGAACAUAUGCAGAGUACUCCGCCCAGAAAAUUCCACUUUGUUCCCCGAGACGUUGAAGUCCAAGCUAGCGUUGGGGCACUGACAUGGACUCCAAUUGUUGGAAAGUGGGGUGGGAAACAGGGAAAUGAAAAUGACGAUGGAGAUAAAAGGGAGACUGCUGAGCAUAGCGACCAAGAACGUGAACGUAAUGGACCCAGAGCGAACGAGCAAGAACACAUUGUUUAA